AUGCUAUGUGCCGGCCUGGGUGCCGGCCUCGCUGCUACACCCCCGAGCUCCCGCACCAGGCAAUCCACCAUCAUGCCCAUGCCCAAGUACUACGAGCGAGAAGUCCGCGGCGACUACGUCCGCAGCCCAAGCCACCACCACGGCGAACUGUCCCCGCUCUCACGGGAGCAUUACCCCGAAUACCACUCCGGUGGCGGCGGUCCCAUUCAGGUGGUCUACCCGGACCCCCGAGGGCAUGUUCCCGUAGCUGGCGGUCCCUACGUCUCGGGCGCCAUUCCCGCCGACGCCUCUUCUCCGGUCUACCCAUACUAUGGUCCCGAAUCCCCGCUCUCGCCCCGCGACGCAAACGCCCUCCAGAUCCCACCCCAUCCCCGCCAUCGCCCUCGCUCUCUACCUCCCCAGGCCUUCGCACUGGGCCGACCCCGAUCCCGCUCGCGGCCCCGGAGCCCCAUCGGCAAGGCCCGCCAUGCCAUCGACAACACCUUUACCCAGUCCUCCUCCGGCAUCGGCGUCGGCCUGUUGGGCGCCGUCAUUGGCGGGCUGGCUGCGCGCGAGGUCUCCGACGCCACCGUCCGGACCCGCAACCGCAAGGAGAUGGAAAAUGGCACGUACCGCCCGCGGUCGCCCCGAGAGAUUGAGAAGGCGCGUGUGAUAACCACCGUCGUCGGUGCUCUCGUCGGCGGCCUCGGCGCCAACGCGCUCGAGAGACGCUUCGAGGUUGCUCGUCAACGGGACAGAGAGCAGCAGGAGGCCUGGGAGAGAAAAUGGGGGAGGGAGCGUGACCUCCCACACUACGACACAGGUAGGGACCACGAGCUGGACCAUGGCAGGGGACGUCCCCGCAAUCGGCGUCGUGAUGAGUGGGACGACGGCUAUUUUCGGGACCACCCUUACGACGACCGGCGUGCAGGGAGGUUGAGGAGCGAAGAACGAUACACAUACAGGAACUGA